GCAGCCGCGCCCCCCGACCCUGCAGUGCUUCUGCCCCUACAAGGUUUGGGCCGCGGUGGGGGAGGGUCCCAGCCCCCGGCUCCGCCCGGUCCCUCCCCGCCUUUUAGGCGCCCGCGCGGCUGGGACAUCCCAGUCCCGCUUGGUCCUCCUUGCCCGCCACUCGUGCGCCCAGUCCGCGCAGCCAGCCCAGUUCGCCCGGUCCGCACUGCCCGCCGGCCGGCCCGUCCCCCACCGCAACCAUGGACGCCAUCAAGAAGAAGAUGCAGAUGCUAAAGCUGGACAAGGAGAAUGCCAUCGACCGCGCUGAGCAGGCCGAGGCCGACAAGAAGCAAGCAGAGGACCGCUGCAAGCAGCUGGAGGAGGAGCAACAGGCCCUCCAGAAGAAACUAAAAGGGACGGAGGAUGAGGUGGAAAAGUAUUCUGAAUCAGUGAAGGAUGCCCAGGAGAAACUGGAGCAGGCUGAGAAGAAGGCCACCGACGCCGAGGCAGAUGUGGCCUCCCUGAACCGCCGCAUUCAGCUGGUAGAGGAGGAGCUGGACCGGGCGCAGGAGCGCCUGGCUACAGCCCUGCAAAAGCUGGAGGAGGCCGAGAAGGCAGCUGAUGAAAGCGAGAGAGGAAUGAAGGUCAUUGAAAACCGAGCCAUGAAGGAUGAGGAAAAGAUGGAGCUACAGGAGAUGCAGCUGAAGGAGGCCAAACACAUCGCUGAGGAUUCAGACCGCAAAUACGAGGAGGUGGCCAGGAAGCUGGUGAUCCUGGAAGGAGAGCUGGAGCGCUCAGAAGAGAGAGCUGAGGUGGCUGAGAGCCGAGCCAGGCAGCUGGAGGAGGAACUUCGAACCAUGGACCAGGCCCUCAAGUCCCUGAUGGCCUCAGAGGAGGAGUAUUCCACCAAAGAAGAUAAAUACGAAGAGGAGAUCAAAUUGCUGGAGGAGAAGCUAAAGGAGGCUGAGACCCGAGCAGAGUUUGCCGAAAGGUCGGUGGCAAAGUUGGAGAAAACCAUCGAUGACCUGGAAGACGAAGUCUAUGCACAGAAGAUGAAGUACAAGGCCAUCAGCGAGGAGCUGGACAACGCGCUCAAUGACAUCACCUCUCUCUGAGCCUCUCACCAGUGUGGCCCCCUCGGCCCUUUCUCUCCUCUCCUUUCCAUUCUCUCCAUGGGGAGAGGGGCAAGCAGGAGGAGCAAAACUUGCCAACAUUGCACAGCCAGACUGGGCGCAGUCUAGGAGAGCCCCCAUCACAUCUGCCGCCCACCCUGGCACCUGCUCCAUCCUUCUAUCCAUCCACUCACCCCUCCACCCGCCGGCCUCUCCCACUCUCUGCUGCUUAAUAAACUCAACUUGGUCUCCAUGCUGUUUUCCUGCCCUCCGGAGAUCACUUCCAUCACCCCUACAGCACUGGUUCACUACUGAGACCCUUACCUCCUUUGGACACCCCUAAUCUUGUGCCCCCUCCCCCACUGAGCUCACCCACAAAACACUGGCCCACACAGGAACCCUCGCUGCAUGGGCACUCCCAGUCUGACUCUCACUGCUGCAUGUGGGCACGUAUGACAGCAUUAGUCACCAAAGGCCCUCGGGUGCCUCCAAGACACACACCCUUCUGCAGACCCAGGCAUGUCAUUGCCCUCAGAGCGCUCAGCUGGGAUUCCAGGAUCUAAAGGAAUGACUGGAGGGGAAGUGGGAUGGUGAGGAGCACGGGAGGGGCACAAAGGUUGUGAAAGGUCUGGGAUGAAGUUUGGAAAAACACUGGAUGCCAGCAACCUGGGGCUUUCACUGCAGGUCCGUUUUCUGCCUCAAGUCUGUCUGUCUGUCUGUCUGUCUGGCCCUCUCUUUCCUCUUGUUUCCAACUCUUUUAAACCUUCUAAAGAAGGAGGGUAAAUUUGUUUAUGACUCAGGCCUUCCCAUCCCACCUCCAUGGCCCCAAAGCCUUGAGUGAGGCAUCCCCAUCUGUCUUGGUCAGUCCAUCCAUUUCCCCGGCCAGGGGGUCCUCAGAUCCCUGAAUGCUUGUGUCUUCCUGUGCCUCCAUCCCACUCCAUGUCUGUUGUUAUGUGCCCUGUCCAUGCCUCCCCAUGUUUCUCCCCUCGUGUCUCCCCUCCCCCUCCUCAUGUGUUGCUUCCCUCACAGAGACCUUGGCCAGUGCCAAGGAGGAGAACGUGGAGAUUCACCAGACCCUCGACCAGACCCUGCUGGAGCUCAACAACCUCUGAGGGCUGGCCCUGCCCCCAGCCAGGCUGUAGAUGCAGCCCUAACCAAUAAAACUGAUGUUACCAGCA